AGAAAGUGCGAAAUUCAAACUUUCGUAGAUCACUUUUCCACUGUUUGUUUGUCAAAGUUUUUCCCUAGAUUUCUCCGUAAAAAUGCCUUUCUUUUUGCUCCUUUCUUGAAGUAAAUCAUGGCAACAUCUUGUGCAUGUUAUAAUCACGACGACCGUCGAGCAGUUUGGAGUUGUUUUGACUGCAAACCAGAUUGUAUUAUAAAGUUUUGCAAGGAAUGCCAUGAACAUGUCCACUCAUURCCAGUCUUCAGGUUUCACAAAACAGAGUCAAUAGUAUUAACACAGGGCGAGAAGAGAAGACUGUCUCAGGAUGUUUCUGAUCUUGAAAAGUUGGUUGUCGUAGAAAGAGAAAUCUUGAAUGGAGUUCUUACAAAACUUCAAUAUGUUGACCAGCAAGAGCGUGAAAUGCUACAUGACAUGGUGAAGAAGUCUGAGAAGCGUUUACAYGAAAUUCAACAAUGUCAUGAAAAGGUUGACAAAGCUUUACGAUAUCUUGCAAAGGUGUCUACAUUUAUUACUUCAUGUAGCAGUAGUGGUCCUGAUGCCUUUCCCUCACAGUUCAUAUACAAAGAACCGGUCAGGAACUUCAAUGAUAUUGCUCAAGAGCUUUCAGAUAGGGCAGAAUUAGGAAGUAUUUCAAAUUUCCCAGUAGAGAUAGUUGGCUCCUUGAACAAAUCUGGUUGCUUUUGGAUGGUGAAGAAGACUGUUUCUGAUAAACAAAAGCUUAUACAAAUUGAGCAUGAUCUCAAAGAUUAUUUCAAGCAUAACCCAGUUAGCAAUACUCAAUUACCAGCAUUAAAGGAAGGAGCUGUCUGUGCAGCAAAGAACAAUGCAAAUACUGAGUUCUGGAGAGUAAGAGUUGAUAAACUUUGCACAAAUGAAAUGGUCAAGUUACGAUAUCUUGAUUUUGGGAUGCAAGAGGAACUACCAUUCAGCUGUAUUGUAGAUCUACCACCAUCGCUUAGGAUAGCACCAUAUCUGGCCAUGGAAUGCUGUUUGUUUCCACUAACCAGUCAAAUUGCUCUUCCAUACGAGGCAAAGUGGUGUUUUAAAGACCUUACUCAUGGGAAAGAGUUGACGGCAAGUGUUCAAUCACAGAUGAUCUAUCCACAAGGACAUAGCAUGUAUCACAUCCAGCUGACUGCAGUUGGUCCACCUACAGUCAACAUAAACCAGAAGGUUGCUGACAUGCUUGCUCAGAAACAGCUUGAUGCUGAGGAUAUCCCUAUUCUGCCAAAAGAUGAACAAAAACCCAAAUCUGAAGUUUCCCAAAAUGUCCAAGAGCCAGAACAUCCUAAAGUACAGCAAUUACCCAGUAAAGUGCAACCUGUGCAAGAAAACAUCAUAAAAGAGAGCAUCGUGGAUGAAAAUGCUGAUACCAAGAAAAGUCCAGAGCCAGAAAAGGUUGUGAAUAURCAAGACCCAGCCAUAUUAAUGCAUGGAGAACCAGUGAAAAAGUACACAAUUUUGAGAAGAAACAGCGAAGAUAAAAAUAAGAAAGAACUCUUGACUAGUUUACCUGAAUUAUCGAUAAAACCACCAACCACAACUGSCAAUGAUACRCCACCCGAWCCUGGACACYCAACAGAAGGCACCAAAAAUGAUGAUCAAGUCGUARAUGAACAGACAUCUAAGAAACUCACAGAUUCUGUUAYAAAUAAGUCGCAUGAURCAACUAAAGAGAUUUCUAACAAGACUCCAGAUGCUUUGGCAAAUUCMUUGCAAGRUGCCACUGAGAAAAGCGUUAAAAAGCUACCAAGCUCUGUGCCAGAGUAUAUCCCUGUAGGGUUCCUWAACGAUCAAAUGUACCAAUCUCUUUUAGACGAAUUCUCAACGGCAAGCGAAGACUGGUAUGGAGUCAGGUCCAAACUACGUGGAGCAAGAUUUUUUGCAGUCAGAGGAAACCCSCGCCAAAUAAUAGAAGCAAUAAAGACGAAAGUGUGGUGUGUUCUCGAUGAAAGGUUUGCACUUCUCAUGAACCAAGUGUACAGAGAGCAAACUGCAAAGCAAGCAACCAUGUAUUUUAUAUUUGUUCAAAGACCUUUUGUAGUUGGUUUCAUGCAGGUUGUGUCAGAAAGAAAACCACACCCUUGCUCUGUUUUGACGCCAGGGGUAUUAUGGGGACAGCAGUGCCGUGGAGAGUUYAAGAUCAAAGUUAUCUCCAUCAAUAAGUACAGGCUCCACAUUCUUCGUAAUGAAAAYGCAGAAGUCUUAUGGAGAUUCUUCAGUGGUUUUCCUAUAGUUCAAGAACUGAAUUUUGAUGUUGCAGAAGAGAUAAUAUAUCGCUAUGAGAAUCUAAAACGUCAAUUCACAAUUCUUGAGUGGGGCUUGAAAAACUACCAACAGCAGAAUGCACCAUUGAAGGAAMUGACCAAUAGYCAAGAAAAUUUGUCUUUGCACUUCAACGAAAGUAGCCUACCAAAGGACGCACCCAAGGAAACAAGAACCAAGAACUUAACUGAAGAUGAAGACCAAUCUAAUGAAGACUGGGAGCCMGAUCUUCAAGCACAGCCAGCUAAAGUUGCUGAGAUUUACUCUAACAUCUCUAGCCCUCCUGCUAGYACUAGCAGCCGUGUUGGAGAAGAAGCAGUAGAAGAUACUGAAGCUGUUCCUGAGGAAGCCAAUGUGUGCCCUAGGGAAACUGUCAAGCCUUURGARGAGGAUGAAGUUUUCGAAGUUGAACCAGUYAAGCUUGAAGAGGCUUUGGAAGAGAAAGCAAAACUUGAUGAUGAAGUUGAACAGGAGGAAUUUGUCUCUCCAGACAAUCUCGUUGAUAAUACGAAAGCAAGUAGGGAUGAUAACCAGUCUGAUGUGAAUGAUUCUAGUUUAGUUAUCGAAGCGAAAGAACAAAAGCAGCCUGAACCAAAUGAAGAGUUUGAAAACCAAAAACAAGAGMCAUUGCCAAUUAAUGAAGAAAUGGRUCCUUCUUCUCUURACGAAGAGAAUACUCCACAAGCUACAGUCACUCAACCUUUUUCAUCAAAAGAUGAUCUUUUGCCAUCGUACAUGCCAUAUGGACAAGCAGUGCCUGGAAAUGGUGAUACCACCAUGAAAGACCAAGACAAUAUUACAAAUGAACAUCCAGAUAUGAAGGAACACUUUUAUGUUAUAAGUCCACCCCAGACCCCUAAGACUGAUGUCCCUAACGAAAAAGUGCAAGACGUUGAUAAAGUCGAGAUCUCAAAGGAAGAGCGCGAAGAGCUUUCUCAAGAACAACGGGUUUCGAGUGAAACGAAGGGAAAUGAACGUGUAUCGAGUACAUCAGUGAGUAGCUUGACAAAUGAGGUUUCUUCAAGYGAUGCAAGUCGAGAUUCUCCAGACUUUUUUCAAGUCGCUGAGUGUUCUCAAGUCGAUGCUGAUCUGUAUGAUGAMGARUCCUUUUUACCAGUAGAAAAAGGAGGACGAUAUAAAGUUUUUGCUUAUAAGGAACCUGAUGAAAAUGGAUCAUUCUGGGUAAGACUGGUGCGAAAUGACCAAGAAGAAGAAAUAUUCAAGAAGUUUCAAAGAACCAUAAAUAAAAUAGGAAGAACAGGAGCGCCACUUGCGGCUGUCCACCUGUACAAGAAUUGUAUCUUUAUCAAUAACAAGGGAUAUUCUGUUAGAGGUCUCAUCACGAAAAUCUAUGGUGAUGGAGAGGUUGACGUACGUUUGAUUGACGAUGGAAAGACAACUAUUGCAACUGUUAGUGAUCUAAGAGAGCUUGAUUACCAAUAUGUAACUUGUAUGCCACCUCAGGCAUUUGAAUGCAGGCUUCGUGACAAAAAGUCKCUUAAGGACAAAUUUAAGAAAGCGAAGAAAAACAUCAGGAGUUACGACAUUGAAAUUGAAGUGACGGGUUUUAAUGGAGAAGUCGUGGAAGUUGACGUUAUUACUUUAAAACUCUGCGAGCGCCCUUCAAGACACUACAAACCCCCUCCAAGUCGAUGAUACACAGGCAUCCCAAGUACUGUUGUACACUCCACAGGUAGCCCAAAACAACUAUUUAAAGACACCAAUGCAGGUACUCCAACUGUCAACUUAUCAUGUCGCUGGGUGAUUGAUAACCACUAACCAGAUACAGAAAGUUAUUCCGUUAAGAUACUUUAUGUUUAAAAUUAUACGUUCGCGUUCCAAUCUUGUUGAUUGAAAAGCAAGGUAUUCCUUGCGAUGUCUUGGUCUACCCAGAAUUCUUUGCUUUAGAAGGAAGCGCGCAAUGCAUUCAUGGGAAACCAAACUGAAAAUUUCGCAGUGAUUGGUAAAGAUUGAGCGAAUAAGGCGAGUCAGAUAAUGAACCCUUUUUCGUUUGCUUUUGGGAAGAGUUGAGUCUCGAAAAUAAAGUUUUGAAGAUUGAUAUAAAUCAAAUGUGAUUUCUAAAUAUAAGCUUUCAAAAUAUAGUUGACUUAAUCAACCAUAGCUUGCUUUAGGAGACAAUGAAUUUUUAGAGCAAAAGAGGCAGAGAAGUUCGUGAUCUGCGAAGAGUUAUAAAAACCAUAAUAGGAACACUUAUUCUUGAGAAUUUUCUCUUGAGGAAAAUUUACUCCCUUCACACAAUGAGAAGCGUCGUGAAUAAGUGCAUGUCAUUAUUGAGUGAUUAUAUGCGGCUGUGAGCAAAUGCACGCGAAUAUGGAAAGCUUUUAUUUCAUUUCUUCAGUUUCCUCUAAUCACCAAAAACGAUGCGAGUUGUAGUGAUACUGAUGAAUAGAAAAUUGUAAGCUUUAAUUGUCAUUUACUGGUAAUGCGUGCGAGUGACGUUUUUAGCAGGUUCCAUAUGGUUAAAAAAACUUAAUGACUUGUCAUUCUCUGUAUCGAAUGAGUUAUUGCACGAAAAUUAUACUGGUCUGAAAGAAUGAUGCCUUCAAACUACGAUAACUCGUUCUCUUUUAAGUUCUUCGUACUAGUUAUUGCUAAAUCAUGAGUGAGUUGUGAAGAGAUUGCGCUGCCUAAGGAUUCCAUUUCUUGCGUUCCGUGACUUUUAAUAGUUUAUUUUUGAAUUCAUUAAAAAUUUAGGAAUACUUUUUAGGAGCAAAAAGCCUGCUUAUGAUAUUACAGUUGAUGUUCACUAUAAAAAUCAUAUAUAUUCAGCAUAAAUAAUAUAUAGUUCAUUGAUUUGAAGAGAUAUCCUGUACGACUAACACAAUGUUUUGACUAAAGUGAUAUUCCAUCGUCUGUAAUGAGAAAAAGACUACGUAUUUUGCACUGUUGCGAUAAAGAACAAAAGAAAACACAGCCUUAAGUCUGCUGUAAAUAUUGUAUUAUCUUUAUUUUUAUUUCGCAGGCGAUGGAAAAUCACUUUAGCGACUUUCAUAACACAUUAUGUUUGCCACUUUUAUCAUUAUUUAUCUGAACAUUGGUGGUUUCACGUCAAAAAUAACCGAAAUAUAAGGUGUCUGUUUGGUGUAAGUGAUCACUUACAAAUUCGAGUUUUGUUUUAAUACAUUUUCAUAUAUUCCGCCAUUUCAUAAUAUUAACACGUUACUGUUUGAUAUUCCUGUUAAAWUUUGUAUAUUUGAAUGUUGUAAAAAUGAUUUUAGCUCGGACGUUGCUAGUUGAUUUAGUGUAUAUGCGAAUAAACUAUAUUU